CCUUCGAAUCCGGUCUUCUAAGGAUGCGUCCUAGGUUUUCGAACAGAGCAUACGAUUCAGUCCAAGAAUUCGGACACAGCUCCUAAAUGUCAGCAUCAGGCGGAAGUCGACAUUUGACAACAUCCGGUUUCGGUACGCAAGGCGGUUAGCCGCGUUAGCUUCUUUUCGUUCCGCUUCGUUUUGAUCCCAGUUUGAGGUGAACUUUUGGGUUUCUUCGGUGCCUAUACUGGAUCAGAACCACAGGAUGCUGGAGAUCAGGCUGAAAGCCCAUAGCAACACCCAGCGAACAGCAUUACGUCUGAAAGGAAGAAGGAGGUUCUGAUCCACCAGCAGCGUUGGGUCAGGAGAGUCAAUCCCACUUUGGACAAAAAGAAACUCUACACAUCUGAAGAUGAUGGAAGAAUUGGUUAAACCAGAACCCCUGGAGGUUAAAAUUAAAGUGGAGCAACCAGAAUGUGAGGAACAUGAGUCCGUGCAGAUAAAGGUGGAACAAGAGAACCCAGGGAAUGUGCAGCUGAAAGAAGAUGAUGAGAAUCUAGAACCUCAGCAGAUGAAAGAGGAGGAACCAGAACCUCAGCUGAUUAAGUUUGAACUGGAGGAACCAUAUUAUGUUUAUAUACAAAGACUGGAUAAAUCCGGACCUUUGCAAAUAAAAGAGGAGUAUGAUAAAGUCUCCAUCAGUCAAAAGGGAGAACUGCCUGGUUCUUCAGAACAGACAGAUAUCUUGAUGGUGAGUCAUGGUUUUAAGUUGGACCACAAUGAAAAGGAACCAGUCACAGACCAGCUUGUCUAUCAGAACUCUCCUGAACCCCCGGAAGAAAGCACUGAAGAAGAAUCUGGAUCAAGUGGAGCUGAAGAGUUGAAACUAAAUGAGGGAGGUCCAAACACUGGAGAUCCCAGCAAGGAAACCUGUCAGAAAAGGGCCAAAGAGGAACAUCUGUCUUCCUGUGACAUCUGUGGUAAAAGUUUUGGCCACAGUUACAUGAGCGUUCACAUGAGGUUUCACGCUGGAGAGAAGCCCUUCUCAUGUGAGACCUGUGGAAAGAGCUUCAGCCUGAAGAGUCACGUGACCCGACACAUGAGGACCCACACCGGGGAGAAGCCUUUCUCAUGUGAGACCUGCGGUAAAGCUUUUAAUCUUCAGCGCAACCUCAGGUCCCACAUGAAAUCCCACACUGGGAUGCUUUUCUCAUGUCAGACCUGUGGGAAGAGUUUCAAUCUGAAGUGUAAUCUGACUUAUCACAUGAGAACCCACACUGGUGAGAAACCCUUUACAUGUCAGACCUGCGGGAAGAGCUUCAGCCUGAAGAGUCACGUGACCCGACACAUGAAGACCCACACCGAGGAGAAGCCUUUCUCAUGCGAGACCUGCGGUAAAGCUUUUAAUCUUCAGAGCAACCUCAGGUCCCACAUGAGAUCCCACACUGGGAUGCUUUUCUCAUGUCAGACCUGUGGGAAGAGUUUCAAUCUGAAGUGUAAUCUGACUUAUCACAUGAGAACCCACACUGGUGAGAAACCCUUUACAUGUCAGACCUGCGGGAAGAGCUUCAGCGUGAAAAACAAUCUGACUCGUCAUGUGAGAACCCACACAGGUGAGAAGCCGUUUUCAUGCCAGACCUGUGGAAAAUCUUUCAACCACCAGAGUAAUUUAAAGUACCACAUGACAACUCACACUGAGAAGCCAUCCUCAUGUGAUUCCAGUGGGAAAAACUUCAAAUUAAAAAGCCCUUUGAGUCAUCACAUGAGGAUCCACACAGGCGAGAAGCCAUUCUCUUGUCAGAGCUGUGGAAAAAGCUUUAGUUUCAGAAGCCACCUGACUAGGCACAUGGGAACUCAAAGAUGUGAGAAGCCAUUCACUUGUUCCACGUGUGGAAAAGGUUUCAUUGUGGGUAACCAUUUGGUUCAUCAUAUGAGAAUUCACACAGAGGAGAAGGUGUAACAUCCAUGUUGCCUCCCGCUGCAGGAGGGAACACAUCGGGAACAGAUCUAUCAGCUGCCUGUUGACAUUUAAAGGAGGUGUAUUUAUUCCCUUUUCCUGCGCUGCAACC